AUGAUUAAAAAGGAAAAUUUUAAUAACUCCCCUUUAUCCAUGAGCAAAAAAUUUUUUUCGAUUAAUUUUUCUUAUAUAAAUUUUUAUAUUAUGUUUUAGUUUUGAAACUUAUAUCAAAAUUCCAAGACUUAAAUUUGAAAAUAAUAAUUAAUCUUAUUGUAAAGUUUAUGUUUUAAAAUGACAGCUGUUUAAAAUCAGCAGGAUUAGCUCAAGAUUACAUUAUAUUAAUUAUAACUUAUAAUCAAUUGUUUUUUGAUGAUAAAUUUUUAGAUUAAAAAUUUUUUUUGCUCACCAAAGGAGCGUUUUUACCCAAAAAUAGGUAUUUUUCCAAUGGUUUUGUUCGCUCUCAGAGAAUUGGGGGAGUAAGCAGCUUCUGACGUGAAGGCCAAGCCACCAUGUUAGAGCUUAUACAGAAUGAAAAAUCUAUGACACUUCUAGCCCUUAUCUAGACAAAUCAAAAGAUACAAAGAAAUGCUAUAUGACGAGUUCUGGUACAGUAACUCCAAAACUCCCCUCAAUUAAUUGUGAAGAUACUUCAAAAAGGCGGACUUUUUCAAAUAUAUUAAGUCGCCAAGAGAAGCUUAGGAAUGGCGUCAUUUAUGGGACAAAUAUUUUUAAAAAAAGUGAAAAAAAUAUUCAAAAAAAGACAAUUUCUAUUUUAAAUAAAAAAAGAAGGCUGCUGAGGUCUUUAUUUGAUGAAGAUUUAAGAGUCAUGCUGAAAGGGAGUCGAAAUUUAGGGACUGCUGUAGAUUUUGAUAAAAGGGCCAGCGUUUUGAGACCAAAACGUUCACAUAAAAUGGUUUCGUCUCUUAUUAUGUAG